AUGGGACGAGCACCUUGUUGCGAGAAAACGGGCCUAAAUCGAGGCAAAUGGACCGAGGAAGAAGACGAAAAGUUGAUCAACUACAUCAAGACAAACGGAGAAGGUUCGUGGAGAUCGCUACCCAAGAAUGCCGGAUUGUUGAGGUGUGGGAAGAGUUGUAGACUAAGGUGGAUUAACUACUUGAGAGCAGAUUUGAAGAGAGGGAACUUCACCACAGAAGAGGAGGAGACCAUUGUCAAGUUGCACAAAAGCUUGGGAAAUAGGUGGUCCUUGAUAGCCAGCUAUUUACCAGGUAGAACUGACAACGAGAUAAAAAAUUACUGGAACUCACACUUAAGCCGUAGAAUUUACAGCUUCAGGUCCAUAGCCAACUCCCACUCUCCUCUCUCCCCUGCAGACAUCAUCAAGAUCGCCAAAACAGCCAAGAAAAAGCCCGCGGGCCGGGCCUGCCCUCCGAAACGCAGCAAAAACAAGGCCCACGCGCAGAAACAGUACCCGGGCCAAGAACUCGGCCCGGCCCGAACACCUCCGGUUGACAAAGUGGCCACCGAUGUUGCGGGCCCGCCACGAUGCACCUGCCAACGUGACCUGUCAAGGCCCGGCCCGAAAACGAGUUCCAGGCCGCAGGAGUCGGAGGUGGACACGGGCCCGGAUGCAGAGCAAAAGACUGAAAGCCCGAUAAAAAGUUCUUCGAUUUCCAGCAAUGACGUCCCACCACCGAGCGAGGGCAUGGAAGGAGGAGAAUGGGGUCGUGCGGCUAUUAUGGCGUUGCCUAAAGACCCGACCGAUAAUUACGCAGAGGUUUCGGGCCCGUCAUGGGAGGAGGAGAUAGACGAGGAGGCAUUAAUAACCUUCGAGAAAUUUCUAGAAGAAAGUGAUGUCGCGGUGGGACCGGAAGGAGACAUUCCCCCUAUUAACGAUGAUGUCACGAACAACAUUGUGGCUUCGGAAAGGGAUUACAUGGAAAUCGAGAGCUUGCACGCGUGCUCGUCUCCCCGGGCUUCGUAUUUCGACGACCAAAUGUUUAGUUGGGAUCAUGGUGGAGAUGCGUUUGGGGACAUUGUUAGUAGUAUUUGGAGUGAGGAGGAAGAAGAGGACAUUAGGAUUUGGUCAUAG